GCGUCGGUGCGGCGCGGUGGUUGGGGCGGAUCCCGCGGGGCCCGGGCUGGGGGGGGAGAGUCGCCGGCCCGGCCAUGGCGGACAACGAGAAAUUGGACAACCAACGGCUCAAGAAUUUUAAGAACAAAGGCCGCGACUUGGAGACUAUGAGAAGACAACGAAAUGAAGUUGUAGUCGAAUUAAGGAAAAAUAAAAGAGAUGAACAUCUCUUAAAGAGAAGGAAUGUACCACAUGAAGAUAUCUGUGAAGACUCUGACAUAGAUGGUGAUUAUAGAGUGCAAAAUACCUCUCUAGAAGCUAUUGUUCAAAAUGCUUCAAGUGAUAACCAAGGAAUUCAAUUAAGUGCAGUUCAAGCUGCUAGGAAGCUUUUGUCCAGUGAUCGAAAUCCACCAAUCGAUGAUUUAAUAAAAUCUGGAAUAUUGCCUAUUUUAGUUCAUUGUCUUGAAAGAGAUGAUAAUCCUUCUUUACAGUUCGAAGCUGCGUGGGCUUUGACAAACAUUGCAUCUGGAACAUCUGAACAGACACAAGCAGUGGUUCAGUCCAAUGCUGUGCCACUUUUCCUGAGGCUUCUGCAUUCACCCCAUCAGAAUGUCUGUGAGCAGGCAGUGUGGGCAUUGGGAAAUAUUAUAGGUGAUGGCCCUCAAUGUAGAGAUUAUGUGAUAAGUCUUGGAGUUGUAAAACCUCUACUUUCAUUCAUAAGUCCAUCUAUUCCUAUAACAUUCUUAAGAAAUGUUACCUGGGUUAUGGUCAACUUAUGUCGCCACAAAGACCCACCACCACCAAUGGAGACAAUUCAGGAGAUUCUUCCAGCUCUUUGUGUAUUAAUUCAUCACACAGAUGUAAAUAUAUUGGUAGAUACUGUCUGGGCCCUGUCUUACCUUACGGAUGCUGGCAAUGAACAGAUACAGAUGGUAAUAGACUCCGGAAUAGUUCCUCAUUUGGUUCCUCUACUCAGCCACCAAGAAGUUAAAGUUCAGACUGCUGCACUGCGAGCUGUGGGCAACAUUGUCACUGGGACUGAUGAGCAAACACAAGUAGUUUUAAACUGUGAUGCUCUUUCACACUUCCCAGCACUCCUCACUCAUCCCAAAGAGAAGAUUAAUAAAGAAGCAGUGUGGUUCCUCUCCAACAUCACUGCAGGAAAUCAGCAGCAAGUUCAGGCAGUAAUUGAUGCCAAUCUUGUACCGAUGAUAAUACACCUUUUGGAUAAGGGAGAUUUUGGCACUCAGAAAGAAGCUGCUUGGGCCAUAAGUAACUUAACAAUUAGUGGGAGGAAAGACCAAGUGGCCUACCUUAUCCAGCAAAAUGUUAUUCCACCUUUUUGCAAUUUGCUGACUGUAAAAGAUGCACAAGUUGUGCAAGUAGUACUUGAUGGACUAAGUAAUAUAUUAAAAAUGGCUGAAGAUCAAGCGGAAACCAUAGCCAAUCUCAUAGAAGAAUGUGGUGGACUGGAGAAAAUUGAACACCUUCAGAAUCAUGAAAAUGAAGACAUCUACAAAUUGGCCUAUGAGAUCAUUGACCAGUUCUUCUCUUCAGACGAUAUUGAUGAAGAUCCUAGCCUUGUUCCAGAGGCAGUUCAAGGUGGAACAUUUGGUUUCAAUUCAUCUGCCAAUGUACCAACAGAGGGGUUCCAGUUUUAGAAAGAUGUUGUGGAAGUUAGGUACAAUGCAGCACUGAGACAUAAAUAUAUAUAUACACAUAUAUAUAAAAAGGUUUGAUCCAUCAAGCUUGGCUCAUGGGAUCUGCUGCUGCAUUAAAUCGGGAGAGAUAAUGUGAAGAUUUCAUUUGGAAUCACAGAAAAUGCCCAAAUGAGGUCAAGGUGGCGAGUGGGUGCGAAUGAGAGUGAGUGGCAAUGUAAGGAAAACUUGACACGAAUGCUUAUGUAGGUUGAGAGUAAAGGGCUACAGGUCACAGGUCUUCAGUGCCUGAGAAAGGAACAUUGACUUACUCUAUCAGUUGAAGAGAAGUGAAGUGCUGUCAUCAUCAAGCCUUGUAAGCAUAAAAGCGAUGCCCAUAUAAGUCAAGGAAAAUGAGCCCAGGCCUUGCUGUGAAGCAGUGUGUGAAUGGACAGUGUUGAAUGAAUGUCUGGCUCUGUGGUAGAGAGCCAGGUUCAUCUUUCAGACCUAGGGCUCUUCACGCAUGAAGCAGACUCCUAGUCCUGGAGUGACUGUGUACGAGAGUGUGGUUGUGGUGCUGUAUGUGGACGCAUGCAAGCUUGAUUUGCCUUCAGGAGGCUGAUAACAAACCUAGUAGAUCAUCAGAGUGAGAUCACAAGUGUUAAUGUACACUGGACAUGAAUACAAAGACCGGUUUAGCAGCAGACAUUGGUUUACUCUGCAGCCUGUGUUUUCUAUUCUCCCUCUACCUUCUUCCCCUCCCCCCUUUUAAUUUAGUUUUUAUUUACUUUACCUAGUAUGGCUUUUUUUAGUUGCUUCUCAAGUCAGAAAACUUCAGGAAGGUUUCCUUGUGCAUUUGCACCAGAUGAGUGUUUGAUGCUAUGAAAAGCUUUCCAUAUCAUCAAAACUAAUUUGUGUAGAUUUUUGCAUGAAAAAAUCAUAAAUUUCCCUCACAAUAGACUGUGUGGCAGUACACAAGUUGCCAUAAUAGUAUAAAGUGUGCUUUAAAAGCCAUUCUUUUCAUUUUCAGAGAUAACAUAAAGACCUUUGCAUGAGGUAAAUCUACAGCAUAGUUCAUUUUUAGAUUUCGUUGAGUCCUGUAAAGAAGAAGUUUCAGUUGUGAUAGAAUACCGUGCUGUGUUUAAAUGUUAACUUGUUUUCAAACUUUGUUUUCUAUGAAAAUGAUAUGGAAACUUCUACAAUGGAAUUUGGUGCAUAUGUACUGCUGAAUAAAGACCGAUGAAGAGGUUUGGGUAGAUGUACAAAUCAAGUCAUGGUUUGAACGCCUUUGAUAAUAUGCCGAAUCUGUUGAAUUGUUUUAGAGUCUUACCUUAGAUGUAGGCAGCCAUGAACAAUCUAUUUUGAGCCACUUUAGGGAGAAAACUUUGUAUUUUUAAAACUUGCAUAAAAGUUAUGCAAGUGGUUUUUAUAAAUUGGAAUAAUGCCUCAGUUUUGAGGUUAUGCACACUAAAUUAAAUAUGUCAUAAAUUAAUUUGUACAAAAAGAACUCUUUAUAAGGUGGCUCAUUGUAGGAAAUCCUGUGCCUUCCCCUUUGAGCACAAGUGUUGCAUGAACAACAGUUUGCUAUAAGAAACAUACCAGGUUAGCCACCAUUAGCAUCUAUAUCUACUUUGUGUUUAAAAAUCAACUGGUAAUUCUGAAACACUGUAGAAUUGAUAAAAAUUAUUUUGUGAUCAUAACUCUUUGUUGAACUAGAGUAUUUUUGCAGCAUUCCUUGUCAUCAAAAACAUGGUUAAAGUUUAAAACUAGAAGCAGCAGAAAACUAGCUUGUAAAAUUUAUUCAAGUAGAGUACAGGCUAGGCUGUCUUGGGGAAAUAAACAUUAAAACUUAAAGCAAUGUUUUACAUGGGGUGUGUGUGUGGUGUGUGGAUUUCUUUUCUAUUUAAUGUUAAGUUAGAGUAUACCUCAGUGGCUUCUAUUAGCUUCUUGUCUGUCUUAAGCCUUUUUCAUAGAACCAACAUAAAGACAUAAGGUCUGUGAUUUCAUUCUGGGUAUAUUAGUAUUUCGAUGCACAGAACUUGUUCAGUUGGCACCAUCUACACUUGCCCUGUCUCCCUGUUGACACCAAGAUUUGACCUUCCUUCAUUUUCCCAAGUCAGUAAGACUAAGAGACAGCUUAAGUUAUAUUUUAAGUAUUGGCAUAGCCAACAUGUGGCUCCAAAUGAUAGAUUGCAUACAAGGCCUUUUUUCCCCCAGAAAGAUUGAAUUCUGGGAAGAUGAAAAUAUAACAUCUUAUAUAGUUACUACUUUUUAGUAAAUGGUAAUCAAUGAGCUUGUAAUUGGCCAGUUAAUAAAGAAUAGCUAUCCAUAUAUAUA